UUUGCCAAAGGGGGGACCAGAAUUCCCCCAUGCGCGCUGUUUGAGGACUGGGAUGCCGAGGACGCGAGCGAGCCGGGCAGGCUUUGCCUGGGCACCGUCGGGGUAGGAUCCGGACUGCAUUCGGAAGGCUUUCUGCCGGCUUCGGCUCGGAAGGAGAACUUGGGAUCUUGCUGGGAACCCCCGCCCCGGCUGGAUUGGCCGAGCAAGCCUGGAAAAUGGUAAAUGAUCAUUUGGAUCAAUUACAGGCUUUUAGCUGGCUUGUCUGUCAUAAUUCAUGAUUCGGGGCUGGGAAAAAGACCAACAGCCUACGUGCCAAAAAAGGGGCAGAGUUUGAUGGAGUUGGGUGGACUUUUCUAUGCCAUUUGCCUCCACACCUAGAGGAUAAGCACUUUUGCAGACAUUCGGUGCAGGGGAGAUCAUGUUUGACUGUAUGGAUGUUCUGUCAGUGAGUCCUGGGCAAAUCCUGGAUUUCUACACUGCGAGCCCGUCUUCCUGCAUGCUCCAGGAGAAAGCUCUCAAAGCAUGCUUCAGUGGAUUGACCCAAACCGAAUGGCAACAUCGGCACACUGCUCAAUCGAUUGAAACCCAGAGCACCAGCUCUGAGGAACUCGUCCCGAGCCCACCGUCUCCACUUCCUCCCCCUCGCGUGUACAAACCCUGCUUCGUCUGCCAGGACAAAUCGUCGGGGUACCACUAUGGGGUCAGCGCGUGCGAGGGCUGCAAGGGGUUUUUCCGCAGAAGUAUUCAGAAGAACAUGAUUUACACUUGUCACCGAGAUAAGAACUGUGUUAUUAAUAAAGUCACCAGGAAUCGAUGCCAGUACUGUCGACUUCAGAAGUGCUUUGAAGUGGGAAUGUCCAAAGAAUCUGUCAGGAAUGACAGGAACAAGAAGAAGAAGGAGCCGACGAAGCAGGAAUGCACGGAGAGCUAUGAGAUGACGGCAGAGCUGGACGAUCUCACAGAGAAGAUCCGAAAAGCGCACCAGGAAACCUUCCCCUCGCUCUGCCAGCUGGGCAAGUACACCACGAAUUCCAGUGCUGACCAUCGAGUCCGACUGGACCUGGGCCUCUGGGACAAAUUCAGUGAACUGGCCACCAAGUGCAUUAUCAAGAUCGUGGAGUUUGCUAAACGCCUGCCAGGCUUCACCAGCUUGACCAUCGCAGACCAGAUCACCCUGCUGAAGGCCGCCUGCCUGGACAUCCUGAUUCUCAGAAUUUGCACCAGGUAUACCCCAGAACAAGACACCAUGACUUUUUCAGAUGGCCUUACCCUAAAUCGAACUCAGAUGCACAAUGCUGGAUUUGGUCCUCUGACUGACCUUGUGUUCACCUUUGCCAACCAGCUCCUGCCUUUGGAAAUGGAUGACACAGAAACAGGCCUUCUCAGUGCCAUCUGCUUAAUCUGUGGAGACCGCCAGGACCUUGAGGAACCAACAAAAGUAGAUAAGCUACAAGAACCAUUGCUGGAAGCCCUAAAAAUUUAUAUAAGAAAGAGACGACCCAACAAGCCUCACAUGUUCCCAAAGAUCUUAAUGAAAAUCACAGAUCUCCGCAGCAUCAGCGCUAAAGGUGCAGAACGUGUAAUUACCUUGAAAAUGGAAAUUCCUGGAUCAAUGCCACCUCUCAUUCAGGAAAUGCUGGAGAAUUCUGAAGGACAUGAACCCUUGACCCCAAGUUCAAGUGGGAACACAGCAGAGCACAGUCCCAGCAUCUCACCCAGCUCAGUGGAAAACAGUGGUGUCAGUCAGUCACCACUGGUGCAAUAAGACACUUCCCAGCUACUUCAAACAUUCCCCAGUACCUUCAGUUCCGGGAUUUAAAAUGCAAGAAGAAAAAAAAAAAGAAAGAAAAAAAAACCUUUUUACUGCUGCUUAGUUUUUGGACUGAAAAUAUAUUAAAAUUCAAGAAGGACCAAGAUGUUUUCGUAUGUAUCCAUAUAUACUAUACUCCUCACUGUCUAACUUACCUAGAAAUACAAACUUUUUAAAUUCUAAACAUCAGCCAUUUCAUGCAACCAG